AUGGUCAAACUCAAGGUCUUCGUGCGCGUCAUCCCCGAGAGCAGCUAUGGCGCGGAAGCCUCGCCGCACGCCGCGCAUGCACCUCGUCGGUUCGUUGUGAUCGUUCGAGAACCAGCUGAGUGGUUCGUUGGUACUCUGGCUCACGAAGCAAAGAGCACGUACCAACGGCUCUACAAGCACGACCUUGGUCAGAUCAAGUAUCUCAAGGACGACGACGAUAAUGACCUCGAUCCUGAGUUUCGACUGUCCGACGUCUUCGUCAACGAGGGCAAAGCGGCUCGUGACGGGCAUGACCAAGAAGCGGUGAUUAAGGUCAUUCAAGAGCAAGGUCAGAUUGUUCGCGCCGACUCGGUAGUGCCUGACCUCACCCCGGCACACUACCGUCAUCCCGUCUCCAGGUACCCACCGCCGACAUCCUUGCUCGGCAAGCGCAGCUAUGCUGAGUCCAACGGACCCUCGAAGGAAGCGCCCGACAAGCGUUCGAGGCUGCCAGAAAUAUCGGAGUCACAGCAGUUGAUACCGUCUGUUGAGCACUCGCCAGAACUGAUUCAUGACACUCAACAGGAGCCCGACGAGGACGAUGUGUUUGACGAUGCGGCAGAGUCGCAUGAAUCUCAAAAGGCGAAUGGAGUCAGCACCACCAUCAGCACACUUGAACAGCCGAAAACGCCUUCUAAUGAUCGUCUAAUGAAUGAAACAAGUCAAUCCAAGUCACCUGCUGCGCAGACCUCCUCGGCCGCCGGCAAGUUCAAGUCCUCGAGCAGACCUGAUCCUUAUGAUCAUCCCCUAUCUGAUAUUGAGGAUUCACAAAUGUCACCCGCCCAGGCCAAUGGCUCUAAGAACAUGGAAAGCAUUGAGCAGCUACCAAGUCAGCGUACCCAAAAUCAAGAUGUAGUCGAUGCCUUCAAUGCGCAAGAAGCGCUCCAGCCCAUGGAUAUUGAUCACAUCAUCCCAGCCGCAGAGGAGAUCUCAACGAAAGCUGCGUCGACCACCCUGCAGAACGGCAAUGCAUCGAAGAGUGAGGAUUCCGAAGCUGAUAGUGAAGCCGAAGCAGAAAAGGCUGGCCACGCUAAGCCUGAGGUUACCAAGACUCGGAAGCCGAUGUCGGCCUCAGCUGGCCGCAACGACGACAAUAAGGUCAUUGCCGCUCCUGCGCAGCCUUCGAAGAAGACCAAGAAGCAAGAGCAAGCCAAGACGUCUCCAAAUAAUGAUCAACUGAAGCCAAAUUUUCCCAGCUCCCCCUCGCGACGUACUUCUGGCGUUAUCUCCGAGCUCGACAGCCCUGGUGAGCAGCUGUCACAGUCGUUGUGGAACUCGGCCCAGGGCCAGUCUCUCACCGACGGCGUCGCAGUAGCGCUAACGAAGCAGCAAAAAGCGCAUCAGAGACAAAAGGAGAAAAGGCGAGCUCGAGAUUCCGAGACCUCGAGUGCAGCAUCAGGCUCUAGACCAGGUUCUAGCGCAGGCCAAAACACUGUUGUCCAGAAUCCAUCGGCCACGGCCACGGUGAAGAAGCUGUCGAAAGCGAAGCAGCAAUCAAAGCGAAGGGGGGAAUCAACUUCUUCGAGCUCUGUGCCAGUCUCUCGACCCGGGUCGAGCACAGAUUCAAACACUAGUGUCCAGAAAUCGUCGGAGACCAAGAAAACCCCGAGCAAAGCCAAGCAGCAACCUGAAGCCACGAAGCCAGAAACUGUGAAGCCAACCGCUAAAAAUGGUGCCACCCAGCAGAGCAAGGGCGCGAAGCAAGGAACAGGCAAACAAGCCGUCAAAGAGAAGUCUUUGAAAGAGAAGUUAAAAGACGCUACCGUUGAAGCUGGAGCAAAGGCUCUCGGGUCCGCGACAGGUAGUCAAAAGGCAGCAGGAACUAGUAAAGGAAAAUCGAGUGCACAGUCUGUCGAAGACGCACCGCUUCCGACCAUUGAAGCCUCGGCCCCCAAUCCAAUCACACCAGCGACCAAAGCCACUUUGCCUCUGCCUCAGGUACGCGAGGUCUCCAAAGACUCUCGAAGCCCUUCUGCUACCGCGAAUCUGGUUGUGCCUAAGGGUAUGAGCGAAGAAGAAUAUUUGCGCCUUCGCAACCAAAAUGAGCUGACACCACAGCCUCCAAGGCCUGUUGCUUCUAAGAAGAAAAAAGAGAAUACUCCAGCCACGAAUGUCAACGUGAGGGCGCCUGUUGCCAAAAGUGAUCCUCAGGAAGGAAAGGCAGCUGUCCAAACGACGACAGGAUUGGCGAAGACAGUCGCGAGGAAGACGGCUUCCAUGGACUCGUCUAGCGAUGGAGACUCGGCGAGCUCUUCGGAGGAGUCUGACGAUAAUCCCGAGCCGACACGAAAGCAAGCCACUAACACUGCCUUCCUUUCCGCGUCUCGGUCUUCGAACUCAAAAUCGAAGUCUCGAUCUCCUGCUGAGGUUCGCAAAGAGCCGCCAACGCCUAAGUCGGCCGUCAAAGAUAAGGACAGGGUGGUGAUGCCUCCACCAACUCCGAAGAGCACCGCCAGGCGCCGUGAGUCGAUGAAGAAGGUACGCACAGAGCGCUCGUCAUCGUCCGCAUCGACGGAGACAUCAUCUCAAGCAAGCAGCAAGGAAUCCGCUUCCGCUGUGCCACGCAAGAAGGUAGCCGAUGAUGAACGCUCUUCGUUGUCCGACUCGUCGCGAGAGUCGUCCCGAGAGUCGUCCCAAGAGUCGUCGGAGAGGAGCAGCAGCGAGUCAUCCCCUAAGCCCGUCCAGACAAAGCCUGACACCAGUCCGAGAAAGCUAUCUCCUCCGAGUAAAGUGGUCACACCAUCUUCAGUUGCGUCUAAGCUCACCAGACCUGCGGCGCCAGAAAAGCGCGAGUCGGGUCUCAAACUGCUUAGAAAAAAGAUCAUCUCUCAGGCUGCGAGCAAAGAUGCUAGUCCUGCACCGGCUUCAGUUGCAGCUGCCGCGAGGAAGAAAGCUCUCGCAGCCGCGAGCUCCAGUGACUCAUCCGAAUCUGAGGAGAGCAGCAGUGGCAGUGCGAGCGAGAGCUCUGCACCCGCACCCAGAAAGACAAAGCAAGCCACGAAGGCGAAGGGCGGCGGGACGCGGCUCGGAAAAGUCGAAAAGACGCCGGACCCUUCUAUAAGAGACCCGUCGCCGAGUGUGAGUAGUGACGAUUCGGAUGAGUGA